AUGAAUUUAAACGUAAGACAAUACAAUCUUGGAGCUAAAUUAAUUGUUGCUGAUUCCGAUUGGGCAUCACAUACUUUAAAAAACGAUUUAGUUGAUAUACCAGCUCAUUUAAGACCUGAUCCUGACGCUGAAACUAUUCCUUCUUGCUUUAGAGAACAGGAUAAAUUUGGUGACGGAGAUAAUCGUUGGAACGACACAGGUUUAAGUACUAUUCCAUUUUGGCAUGCUCCUCCAUUAAGAAAUUAUCCAAGACAAUUUUAA